GGGUCUGAUCGGCGGAUUGAAGUGGCGGUUACUCUGGUGACCAAGAUAGCAAAAAUAACUUAGUCUCUAAAAUCCCUCCAGCACUUCUGAGGACUUAAUCUCACAGAGGCUGACACUUCUUCAGAUGAUCACAUCAUAGUACAAUUACCUAAAUAUGGCCGACCAAAAAAUACCCCUCAAGACCAUUUUCCAUAGUCGUGGCUCAGAUAAGACAGAGUUUGCCCACCUCCGGCCCCUCUCUGCUUACUCUCGGAUGAUCACUUGCGAGACCACCGAUACCAGUUCGAGUGAUCUGUCGUCGAUUCCUAACAGUCCGUUCUGCAACAUAAAAGUUGAGAUAAUUAACAGCCAUGCUUUUAACCUUAAAAGGCGGUUGGACGAUUCCUGUCUUGAUGAGACUUAUGAGACCCCUCUAAAGAAAAAACCCUGCCUUGCUACAUGCCAUUCCCCAGAUCUUGCCUGCGUUUUAGAUUCUGUUUUACCAGAUCCGAAGAACAUAACUCCGUCGUCAUCUUUAGUAGCAGAGAAGGUGAACAAUGCAGAGAAUAGUAGCAGUAAUGAGGAGACUGACCCACAAGUAACAAGCCUGAAGUCUUCAAGCUUGGUGUGGCCUGAAAGCAGUGAUGAGAGUGAUGGUCAGAGCAGCCCAUCACUUUCGCUUAGCAAUGACCGAUCAAGCAGCCCUCCGAUUCUAGUCAGUGGGGACAUGGGGGACCUAGGUCCUGCUUUCGACUUUGAUAUCGAUGAGAUAAUGUGUCUGAGCCCCAUUGACCGUUAUGAUGAGCAGCCCAGCAGCGAUGGCCUGGAUGACUUUGUUCAGAGCUGUCAGACUUUCUGUGAAGAACAACGGUCGUGUAAACAUAGUGAGGCUUGUGAGGGACAUGGCUCAUCCACAAAGGGUCAAACUUCAGAACAGGUGCAAGGUGUGAUGGACAUGGGGGUAGAAAGCGAUGAGGGCUAUUUUACAAAAUCUUAUAAAAUAGCUAAGCUGAAGGGGUCAAAGGAUGUAUCCCCACCUGAAUCUCAGACUGUAACCCCAGUCAUGUCCACCCCCUUGGACAAACUCAGACAGCUUGUAAAACGGUCCCCCGUACUAAAGAAGCUGUGGAAAACAGGGCAGGGCUCUCCUGUGGUAAACCAGGAGCCUCUGGGGGCCUCGUCUCCGAUAACCUUGUAUGGCUCUGUGAGUUUGGAUGCCUCUAAUACUGAAAGCUUUCCAGAAACCCUGUUUCUGGACCAUAAUGAAAAUAAAGAGGGUGAAGUUGGCACCUCAAUCCAGAAGUUUUUAGGGUGCCAUGCGCAGCAGGCACCAGUUGUCAUAGUUGUAGAUAGCCAUGCAGAGAAGAUGAAAGAUGUACCAUCGGCCAGUCAGAAGGUCGACCCCAAGUUUCAAGUGACGUUCCAGGAGGAAGCGGACAGCUCAACGAGUGUGGAGAGCCCAUCACCUCUUCAGGUCAAGGUAAAGUCAAAGGUGGUCUUGCCCAGCAUCCAGAUACCACAAGUAAAAACUAAACCUGCAGUCAAAGUAGCAGCAGAAGCGGCAGCAACAGAACAACCAGAGGAAAAACCCCAGUCUGGGGACACAAAGCUGGUGGUGUUUUACGAAGAGGAGGACUGGGAAAGAGAGAAGACCGUGUAUGUGGACUCAGUAAUCAGACAUAUGAAGGAUAACACAGGAGCAGGGGAUGGUUGUUACAUUUGCUUAAUAGGUGUGAUGACCGAACUUUUGAACCUUAUGAACACUGUUGCCAAUCAAGGGAAUGGAAGCUAUGGGAGACCUUGGCAGCACCCCUCAGACCUUACCCACAGAAACUACCAGCCACGUCACAGCGGCCAUUUAUUCUCCCUGGAUGAAUGGCAGAACUUGAACUACCGCUACCAUCGCCGUUUUGCUAAAGUGCCUCAGCCGUUCAUCCGGAGUCCAGUGCUUUGAUUUCAAACAUUCAGAGCCCACAGAUCUGCCUUUUUCUCUCUGUAUUCCUGGGACUGCACAAUAUCCUCUUAGUACUACUUGGUAUAGUGGGUCCCUAGUGGAGAUGUGGCCUGUUGCACUUAAAAGCUAAACUGUAAGUGUUUUCCUUUUAUACUUUUACACUUCUUUUGUUUGUGUAUUUACAAAGAAGAUUGCUGUGAUCUUUUUUGCACGUGUUGUGUGUUUGAUCAAGAUCUUAAAUGUUGUUUAUUUGGUGCUGGAGUAACAGAGGUCGACAAAUUAAAUUCACAGCACUUCUGCCUCAAGAAACUGGCCAAUGGGCCUGGCUGGACAUUUAGUGUCUGCUUUCUGAGUUAGUGGUUUGUCUGCCUUUGAACAUCAACUUCAGCUUUUGGUUUUGUUUGUGGCUGCACUUGCUUUUGUAUGUAAAUAUGAGUGUGUUGAAUUGUGAAUGUUGUGAUAGAGUGUAGAUCUGGCUCGUUUUACCCCCUUCAUUCCUGCCAAUUAUGUCCUUUGACUUUUUGUCCUGGUUUCUGCGAAUAACUGAGAGGAUGCAAAAAGAAACUUAUUCUUCUUUUCGCUCUUAGGUUUGUACAUUUACCAAAUGGACCUUUGGUGUCCAGACUGUAAACUUGUUUCCACCUUUUCUUGCAUUUUGGGACUUUUUGGUAGCUUUAGUUGGGAGCGUUAAAGUUUGUUUUUUCUUUGUUUUUCCUCU